AAUACGUCAUUACCAAUUGAGCAUCACCAAUAUUUACCUCCUAAUAGAUAUUUUCUACAAAUGGAAGGCACCAUGGAUACAACAGUCACAAACAAUGACACUGUCAUCAAUGACACAAUCAAAGAAGCCACUGUGAACAAUGGCAUCAUCGAUAAUACUAAUGUGAACAACAAUGACACCAAUGCUGUAAACAAUUACAUCGUUGAUAAUGUCUCUGUGAACUUUGACACCAGCGAUGAUGCUGUGAACAAUGACACCAUGGAUAAUUUUACUCUGAACAAUGUUACCAUCCAUAAUGCUACUCUGAACAGCACCAUUGAUAAUGCCACUGUGAACUAUGACACCAGUGAUAAUGCUGUGAACAAUGACACCAUUGAUAAUGCCAAUGUGAACUAUGACACCAGCGAUGAUGCUGUGAACAAUGACACCAUGGAUAAUUUUACUCUGAACAAUGUUACCAUCCAUAAUGCUACUCUGAACAACACCAUUGAUAAUGCCACUGUGAACUAUGAUACUAGUGAUAAUGCUGUGAACAAUGCCACCAUUGAUAAUGAUACUCUGAACAAUAACACCGUUGAUAAUGCUACUGUGAACAAUGGCAUUAUCGAUAAUUCUGUAAACAAUGAUACUAUCAGUUAUGCUGAUGAUGCUGUUAACAUUGACACACUCAAUAAUGAUACUGUGAAUGGUGACACUAUCAGUUAUCCUAAUGAUUCUGUGAAUGAUGACACCAUCAAUAAUGAUACUGUAAACAAUGACACCAUUGUUAAUGGUUCUGUGAACAAUGACACCAUCAAUAAUGAUACUGUAAACAAUAACACCAACGAUAAUGCUUCUGUGAACAAUGACACCAACGAUAAUGCUUCUGUGAAUAAUGACACCAUCGAUAAUGCUUCUGUGAACAAUGACACCAACAAUAAUGCUUCUGUGAACAAUGACACCAUCGAUUAUGGCACAGUUAAUAAGGCCACUGAUGAUAACAGUAACAAUUUUUCAGAAACAAGAUACAAAGUUUCUAGAUCCAUUGACUGUCAUCCAUGUGUUGUAUCACUAUGUCAAUUAGAGGUGAAGCAUAUGAAAUCUUGUAACAAACGAUCAAGUCAAAAAAUCAAAUCAAAUGCUUCCCCGAAUCAAUAUAAAUGUGACCUAUGUUUUCAUUCAUUUAAAAGAAAACAUAGCCUGAAUGCGAAUAUGGAAAUACAUACUGGAAAGAAGAAAUUCAAAUGUGAAACUUGUUCAAAAGCAUUUAGGAGAAAAUGUGACAUGAUCAAACACAUACAGAGACAUACUGAAGAGAAGAAAUUCAAAUGUGACACUUGUUCAAAAGCAUUUACAAGAAAGUGUGACAUGAUCAAACACAUACAGAGACAUACUGAAGAGAAGAAAUUCAAAUGUGACACUUGUUCAAAAGCAUUUACAAGAAAGUGUGACAUGAUCAAACACAUACAGAGACAUACUGAAGAGAAGAAAUUCAAAUGUGACACUUGUUCAAAAGCAUUUACAAGAAAGUGUGACAUGAUCAAACACAUACAGAGACAUACUGGAGACAAAGCAUUUAGAUGUAAAGUUUGCAGCAAAACAUUUCGGGAAAAGGCAGCAUUGAUAAUUCACUCUUUCACACACAUUCAAGUGAAAACCUUCAGGUGUAAUAUUUGUAAUACAAAAUUCACCCUAAACAAAACAUUAGAGGAACAUCAAAAAAUCCAUGAAAAGGGAAUUCUCUAUCGGUGUAGUAUCUGUUCCAGAGUGUUUACAUCAGAGAGAUGUUUCCAUGAACAUACCAAGGUUCACUCUCGGGAAAACCCUUACAAAUGUGGCAUUUGUUUUAAAGUUUUUGCCUCAGAUGAUGGUCUCAUAAGGCACAGCAAGGUGCAUGCAAUAGAAAAUCCCUACAAAUGUGACAUAAGCUCACAAGCUAAAAAGAAAGCAUACAAGUGCCGAAUUUGUACUUCAUCAUUUACACAGAAAGCCAGUCUGAAACGACAUGUGGAUAUUUACCAUGUUAAUAGAACAGAAAAUCCUUAUAAAUGUUAUAACUGCAAGAGAGCAUUUAAGCAAAAGGGCAAUUAUGUUCAACACUGUAAAGCAGUCCAUGAAGGCUAUAAACCAUACAAAUGUGAGACAUGUUCCAAGACAUUUGCAACCAAAUCCAAUCUUGGACAACAUAUGCGAUUCCAUACUUGUGAAAAACCCUUUCAAUGUAAAAUGUGUCCAGAAAAAUUUGCAGGUAAAUCUAACUUGAUUUUUCAUCACAAGAAGAAACACACUGAGGAAAGACCUUUCAAAUGUGAAAAAUGUUCACAAGGGUUUGUGCGCAUGAUGGAUCUCAAUCGCCACAUAAAGACACACACUGGAGAAAGAGCCUUUAAAUGUAACAUUUGCUCAAAGACAUUUCCAAGGAAAUCAAGUCUUAAGGUACAUGAUAUGGUGCAUCAAGAAAAACAAUUUAAAUGUCAGUUUUGUUCUAGAGCUUAUGCUAGUAAAAUUGGUCUUUUUGAGCACAGUAGGACACAUACUGGAGAGAAACUAUACUGUAAGAAAUGCGAAGAACAAUUCACCCACAGUUCUACUUUGAAAUAUCAUAUGUUAACAAUUCACACAAAUAACAGAAACUACAAAUGUCAAAUUUGCUCAAAGGCCUUUUUCAGAAAAUUUGACCUUGUUUUUCAUAACAGAACUCAUACUGGUGAAAGACCGUUCAAAUGUGAAUUUUGUUCAAAAACAUUCAGUCAGAACUCACAUUGUAACACUCAUGAAAAACUGGUUCACUUGCAGAAAACAGAUACCCUAAGUAAAAUAUGACAUUAUGACCUGAUAUGGCAGUUUUGCACUUCUUUUGUUAAUGUUAGCAGUUACAGAUGGUGUCCAGCCAUCAACAGUUGUUGAAGUUAUUCUUGUUAAGCUUGAGGGGUAAAUGAUGAUUUUUGUUCUGACAAAAUCUUGAUUUUCUGUUGGAAUUCAGGUAAGUAAAAAGAACAUUUUCAAAUUCCAUUAUA